UCCUUCGUUUUCAUUCUUUCAAAGGUCAAAAAGAGCCUUCUGCCUAUCUCUAUAGUGCUUAUAUAUUAUAUUAACACCAGAAUAGCACGAAGCCUGCAAUUCAAAACUUGAGUCUUGCUCAAAAGAAUUUGCAAGAAACUAUUGACAUGGGAGAAGUGAAGGUGAUUGGCAGUUACACAAGCUUAUUCUGCACAAGGGUUGAAUGGGCUUUGAAGAUCAAAGGUGUGGAAUAUGAAUACUUGAAAGAAGAUUUGAGGAACAAGAGUCCUAUCCUUCUUAAAGUCAACCCUGUCCACAAGAAGGUCCCAGUUCUUGUUCAUGAAGAAAAACCAAUAGCAGAGUCACUUGUCAUCCUUGAGUAUAUUGAUGAGACAUGGAAUAAGAAUCCCUUGUUCCCUCAAGAUCCUUAUGAGAGAGCCAUGGCUCGCUUCUGGGCUAAAUUUGCUGAUGACAAGUGUCUGUAUGGUGCAUUCCAUGCCUGUUGGAAAGAAGGGGAAGAAAAGGAGAAAGCUAUAGAGUCCGCAAUGGAAUCAUUUGCAAUGCUUGAGGAGCAAAUAAAAGGAAAGAAAUUUUUUAAUGGAGAACAGAUAGGCUACUUGGAUCUAGCACUGGGUUGGAUACCUUAUUGGCUCAAUGUUAUGGAAGAAGUUGGAGGCAUGAAAUUGGUUGAUGCUGAGAAGUUCCCUUCUCUUCAUGAAUGGACUCAAAGCUUCAUUGAAAUUCCACUCAUAAAAGAAUGCCUUCCGCCGAGAGAUCAACUCGUAAACUACUUCACUGGUAGUGUCACCUACAUGCGUUCCUUGGCUGCCAGCAAGCAGUAAACUUGGCUUUUGAUUUAUUGACUCGUCAUAUCUGUUUUCACUUAAUUCAAUCAAGUAUGAAGAACAAGUAUACUGAUGUGUGUGUGUGUUUUGUUUCCUGAGAGAAUUGUUUCCUUCAUGUAUAUCUUAUUUAAAUUCACACAAAGCGUGCCUCUAGUCGCACUUAGCCGUCUCAAGGGCUGCUUCCAAAAGUUAUCAUUGCGGCUCACCCUCUUUUUGAGAAUAACAGUCCAAUAAAAUGGUUUGAUUUGUCA